CUCAUAUGCGAGCACUGGUUCAUCCUGGGCCUCGGCUUUGCUAUUGGCUUCGCAGCUGCUGUUCCCGACUUUGGCAGGAAGGGCGGCUGGAUCGAAGCGCAAUGGUCAAUUAAAUAUGGCGCCGUCAUCAUUAUUUUCUUCCUGUCGGGUCUCUCUCUUAAGACUAGGGCGCUGCUGAACGUCAUGGCGCGUCUACAUGUGCAUCUGUUUAUACAGUUUUUGUGUCUUGUAUUAACGCCAGCUAUUGGCUAUGGUGUCGCACGCGCUCUAACGGAAUCUAGCAUUAACCCCAGCCUGGUGAACGGUUUGGUUGUGGCGAUGACUAUGCCAACCACGAUAUCCACGAACGUUGUGUUUACUAAGCAGUCUGGGGGCAAUGAAGCAGCUGCGCUGGUAAAUGCCGUAAUCGGCAACAUCAUCGGUAUUUUCAUCUCGCCUGGCUGGCUAUAUCUGUAUCUGGGGAAAUCGGGGCAGGCACCCUACGCCGACGUCAUCAAGCAGCUGGCCGUUACCAUUAUUGCACCCCUCAUCGUCGGUCAGCUAGUGCAGUACGUCUUCCCCAACCACGUCAAGAAGGCGCAGGAGAAAGUGAACUUUGGUAAGGUCGGCAACUUGAUGAUCAUCCUGCUCGUGUGGAACACCUUCUGCGAUACUUUCCAUCGCGACAUCCACCUCGACGCCAAGUCCUGGGUGCCGAUGCUCUUCAUCGAGAUUGGCCUCUUCCUGUUCUUCUCCACCAUGUGCCUCGCCCUCGCCACCUUUGUGCCUAUCAAGCGCAUUUUCAACUUCGACAAAUCCGACGCGGUCGCUGUCCUUAUGUGCGGCUCCACUAAGACGUUGGCGCUCGGCAUGCCGUUGAUUACCGUCCUCUACGGUAAGAACGCCAACGUCGGCAUCAUCUCCUUGCCCCUCAUCAUCUACCAUGCCUCCCAGUGCCUUAUCGGCAGCCUCUACAUCAAGCAGCUGAAGGAGUGGGUCAAGGGUCCCUCACCG